AUGGGUCCAAUUUCCACAGAUGAGCUUCAUCUAUUUCACAGAAAUCACCGUGAGGUCUUCUGUUUUCUGAUCUUCAGACUGCGACGUGACUUGACACAAUCCCUUCUGGUCAUGGCAUUGUGGAUUUGGCUUGAACACAAAGGAUACCCCAAUAUCACUCACAAAGUCAUGGCUUUAUCUCAUGCUUCUGCUAUCAAUGAUAUUGUCGAUGAAACUGUAUCGUGUUUAAAAUGCUUAGAGAGAGAAAACUCUGCCACCCCAAAAAAUGGUGCUUUGCCCUCAACACAAAACUUAACACAAAAACGCAUAUCCCUUAAAAUAUUUAAGGAGAAAAGGUACACCAUAAUAGCUGGUAUAAAAAGUGUACUAAAAAAUAUCUGUGCUCGAAUUUUUGCUGAUGUUUUGCAGAUGAUCUUAAGAAGCAAGAACACCAACAGAGCUCGCACAUCACGAGGUAACAUAUCAGACACUCCUGUCACCAUCCCGGGUUUUCCACACCCUUUGUUUGGUUCCUUCAACAUUAAUCCACCAGACGACAGUUCUACGAACAUGGACUUGUUUGAUAUGAGAAUCUGGAUGAAGGGGCCUUGCGAUGAUGUCACCACUGAUGAUAAAUCCAUGUUUCUAACAUUUUCUAGAGGUUUCCCUGUGUCAGAAGGUGAGGUGAUAAAACUGUUUAAACGUUCAUUUGGAGACUGUGUGGAGAACUUAUCUAUGGGAAACACUGGUGCGCAAGAUCAAUCUUUGUUUGCCAUAAUGGUUUUGAAGAGUGUGAAAACAGUUGAUCAAAUUUUGAAAGGGAAACAUGUUGCGAAGCUUCAUAUAAACAGAAAACAUAUUUGGGUUCGCAAGUACGAGCGUCGUGAUUAA